AUGCCACCUACAAGGUCGACGCAUAACAAGACACCAAAGAAAUCCAUAGCUUCAUCAAGUAAAAAAACACUUGAUGCUAUACCUCCCGUCGAUAUUCCUGAGAGUAUAACUCCAGGUUACACUUACAAACCUCUUGGAGAGAAGAAAGUGUUGAACGAGGAUGAACGUGCCAAGCUGAUCCAUGAGCUGGUAGGAUUCUAUCCUCGAACACUAUGUCACGAUAUAACGGAAGCUGCUCGAAGUGAAGUAUAUUCAACCGUAAAUUCAAUUGAAGAUUGGGCAAGAAGUGCGACUGGUAAUAAUCCUAAGUUGGAGACUGAAUUAGCCACUGGAUUGGUAGCACUUGAAACUCUACUUGAAUCACAUAUAGAUAAAGCAUUCGAUAAAUUUACAGCAUGGGUUUUAAGAAAUGCUUUUGAAUUUUCACCUGAACUACAAGUCGUCCUUCCAUGGCAAAAAGGUUUGGAUUUUCAACGAGGUGAAUACGUAUCAACUGAUAUGGGUGGACAAGAAGGAUUAGAUAGUUCUUUAGAUCAAAUGAGAUUGAAAGUUGAGCAGUCACGAUUAUUAGCUCAAAAAUUGGAAUUGGCAGAAAAGAAAUUAGAUAAAAGAUUAGCAAUAGCUAAACAACGUAAGAAUGAAGUUGGUUUCUUGAAAGAAAUCAUCGAUUCUGCUGGAUUAAACCCAUUACCUAAACCAUCUUCUCAACUCUUACCUACCCUGAUAUCAUUACACACAUCCUUACAACCUCUUGAACCCAUAUCUCCCACUAUGCCCAACUUCACAUCUGCCGCAGGACCAGGUGCGGGUAUAGGGGAACAUACAAAAGCUUGGGAAUUGGGCAGAGCAGCAUAUCUCAAUUGGGCACUCAAUAAAGUUAUCCCACCUUCUUCUACAUCUGCAUCCACCUCAGCAUCAACAGGUACUGUGUUGGGUGGUUCCACCAAAGGCAGUGGAGAAGGUGAUAUCUUAGAUAGGAUAGAAAUGGAUAUCAAAGAUGUCGUAGGUGACCAACCUCUAGAAAGCGAAAAGAUUUUAGGAAAUUUAUGA